ACCCUUUAUUGAUUCGCAAUAAGGUGACCCAUUACUAACCCAACUGCACUACUUAAACGCACCUCCCAAACCCAUCUAAUUAUCAUGUCUAAUCACCUAGUAAUAAUAAUAAACCCUUGCACUAACCCUGAAUUUUAGAAUUUAGAAACCUUUCACUCUCAGCUUCCUGCUUCCCUCACUCAUAAUCUCAUACUCAUACGGUAUCUGAGGUGAUGGGGUGCCAAGGGGUCUGGAGAAGUUUGCUAAUUAAACCACAAAAAUUAUUGAUAACUCUUGUGGGGUUGGCAAUGUUAGUAUAUGGGAUUUACGUUUUUGGAAUGUAUAAGCAAGCGUUGCCGGAUUCUGCUCUUCCUGCUAUGGCUAUGUCGCUUUCUAACAUCGUUUUCGACAAUCUUCCUAAAGCUUGUAUGGACCUUAUGUCACUCUACUUGGGCUCUAACUACGACCAUAAGCAUCACAACAAACCAAUUUCUUCAUAUACUAGUGUUGAUCAAUGUGAAGCCACCAUGCUCUAUUUGGAAUCUUCGGUUGAGGCAGCACCUAAAGGGUCUGUUGAGCGAAAACAAGCUCAACAAAAUUUGGAUGAUGAGAUAUCGCAUAGGAGUCAUACAGAAUGUGCUAUCAAAGAGAUUGGAAAAGCUCUUUUUGGCGAAGAAAAUUACUAUGAGAUGAUUAUGACCAUCCGAUCACCGGUUGUGGACGAUUGGAAUUGUUACAAAACAAUGGUAGUCCAAUCGCUUAUAUGAAACAUUGUGGGAAGUUCUACACGUACGGGUUGAAGUUCAUGAGUGCGUUUGCAAGUAUGUGCAAUGCUGGCUUUCAACCUCAUCAAGUGGCUGAAGUGGCAUCUCAAGUGUGUAACAACAAGUGUACUUUGGGCCUGUUUGACCAAGCUUUCAAGAAAAAACUUGGGCAAAUGAAAAGGAUAUAGACUUAUAGUGUAUUUGGCCAUUGAUUAUAGCAGCACUUCAAUCAAUUCAAUAUUGUUUGGCCCCUUCUUUUCACUAGUAUCUUACGUAGUUAUUUAUGUAUAUGGUCACCUUUCUGGAUUUUUCCCUUUUAAAAGAUGUCAUUAUUAUUGGAAAUGAAUUAAUCAUAAAUGAACCUUGUGCUGAUGUCAUUAAUAUUGGAAAUGAAAAUCAUUCACGGCCCGUUUGGUAAUUGGUCAUAA